AAAAAAUAAAAAAAACAAUUCCGUAAAACUCGUUUAAACUUUGACCCCUGCCACGCCUCGCGAGAUUUGAGCAGCAGCACGGCGCAGCAUCGCACAGCUUGAGAACGAGAACACAAAGAAAGACAGAACAGCAGAAACCCAGUCGCUUCACAGAUAGCUGCAGUGGUCAACAUGAUGUCUGGAGGUCCGGCGGUGCGCGUCAGCAUCGAGUCUCAGUGUGAGCGUCAGGUGCAGGAGGUGUCUCUGGACGGUCUGGAGACGUACGUGCCUCCGCUCUCCAUGUCUCAGAACCUGGCCAAGCUGGCGCAGCGGAUCGACUUCGACCAGAGCUCGGACUCGGAGCAGGAGAGCCGGGAGCCGUGGAGCCAGCCGGAGCCUGAGGAGGACGAGGGUGCGCUGAAGUUCCAGCCCUCGUUGUGGCCGUGGGACUCGGUGAGGAACAACCUGCGCAGCGCUCUCACCGAGAUGUGUGUGCUGCACGACGUGCUCAGCGUGCUCAAGGACAAGAAGUACAUGGCGCUCGACCCCGUGUCCCAGGACCCCAGCGUGACCAAGACCCCGCAGGUGUUCCAGCUGAUCAGCAAGAAGAAGUCUCUGGCCACGGCGGCGCAGCUGCUGCUGAAAGGAGCCGAGAAACUCACCAAGUCUCUGGCGGAGAACCAGGAGCAGCGCAGACAGCGGGACUUCAACUCGGAGCUGCUGCGUCUGCGCUCUCAGUGGAAGCUGCGCAAGGUCGGGCACAAGAUCCUGGGCGAUCUGAGCUACCGCAGCGCCGGGUCUCUGUUCCCCCAUCACGGCACGUUUGAGGUCAUCAAGAACACAGACAUCGACCUGGAUAAGAAAGUCCCUGACGAUUACUGUCCGCUCAACGUGCAGAUCCCCAGCGACCUGGAGGGGUCGGCGUAUAUUAAGGUGUCCAUUCAGAAGCAGUCUGCUGAUAUCGGAGACCUCGGCACAGUCAGUCUCUUCAGAAGACAGCCCAAAGCCAAACCUGCUUCUCAGAUGUGGCAUUUGAAGCUGGAAGCGGCUCAGAAUGUGCUGCUGUGUAAGGAGAUCUUUGCUCAGCUCUCACGUGAAGCUGUUCAGAUCAAAUCACAGAUUCCUCACAUCGUCGUCAAGAACCAGAUCAUCUCGCAACCCUUUCCUGGUAUUUACACUCAUUUAGCCACGAGCAGUGCACACACUUGUCAUAUGAACACUGUAGCUCUGUUCAUUAAAGUCAAGUGUCUGCGUCUGGCGGGACCCAUGGCCUACGACAAAGCAGAGAUCAGCUCGCUGCAGCAGAGCGAGGGACUCCUGGAGAAGAUCAUCAAACAGGCCAAACACAUCUUCCUGAGGAGCAGGACGGCGCGGACCAUCGACAGUCUGGCCAGUCGUAUAGAGGACCCCCAGAUCCAGGCUCACUGGUCCAACAUCAACUCUGUGUAUGAGUCCAGCGUCAAAGUGCUCAUCACCUCGCAGGGAUACGAGCAGAUCUGCAAGUAUGAGCUGAUAACAGACACACAUCAGCAGCAGUUACUGAGAGGACAGGCCUCACUCAUGAAACAGCAUCACACACUUCUGCAGACAACCACUCUGAAUCAGCUGCUCCGGAUGAGCAUGUUUCAAGCAAAUCUUCAUUUUUGUCUGAACUCUGGCUGUCAUAAUGUCAUGAUGGUGUGUGUGUGUGUGUGUGUGUGUGUUGUGUGUGUGCAGAUGUCGCAGCAUCAGGUUCACGCUGUGCAGCAGCUGGCUAAAGUCAUGGGCUGGCACGUGUUGAGCUUCAGUAAUCACGUGGGCCUCGGCCCCAUCGAGAGCAUCGGGAACGCCUCUGCCAUCACGGUCGCGUCUCCCAGCGGAGAACACACCAUCUCAGUGCGCAACGGUCCAGAGAGCGGCUGCAAGGUGCUGGUUCAGUUCCCGCGCAGUCAAGCCAAAGAGCUGCUCAAGAGCGACGUGCUGCAGGAGGGCAGAUGGACGCACCUGAGGGGUCCUUACAGGGAGGUGCACUGGGGCCGCAUGGAAGGAAGAAACUUUGUGUACAAGAUGGAGCUGCUGAUGGCGGCCCUCUCCCCGUGUCCCUAGAGCCCGCUGGGGUCUCACUUUGAUUUGAUGCAUCUCUUCACCGUUUGCUCACACUCUGUCAUUUUUCUAAGAAAAGGCCAGCGAUGGCCAAAACACUUGUUGGAAAUAAAA